UCAAACAUCAGGCUUUUGUGAUUUAAAAUGAACAAAAUUACUAUGAUAUUCAUAAAUAAUUUCAUGCAGACACCAUGCUUCACUGUAGAUAGGGUGAUUUGUUUCCUUAAAUUAGAUCCUUUAGAAUUAUCAGCCUUGGUUUCUUUGGAGCAUAACAUUUUCCCACAUGUUUGGGAGAUACACAUUCAUAAUUUUUUGUAACUUCUGGUUCAGAGUUGUUUUAAUGUUUACAAGUGAGUCAAAAAACAAUGUAAAGAUAAAUUCAAGGUAAAAUCUCACUGGAAGUGGAGUUUGGAAUCAGUGGUUUACUGUGGUUAUUGUUUAAUCUGCAAAGCGCUGGUGCAAGACGCGUUCAAAUUUGACCACUGGUCAAACUUUGAGCCUUGGGGAGUCAACUAAGCUCCACCCAGUUGUACAAAUUGUCAAGUUUGGUAAAGAAAGGCCAUCUAAUGACUGUUGUGUAACAGGACACUGAUAAGGUUGGAGAGUUUUCUAAUUUACAGAAUCUUCAGGAGCAGUUUGACACCACAGGAAAUAUUUGUUGCUGCUGCCACGAGAAGAGUCAUCAUGCUAAGUAAAGAUCUUCCAGAUAUUGAGAGCAUCUUGGCUCUGAACCCAAGGGUCAAGACUCACGCUCAGAUCAUGUCCACUGCAAACAAGAAGAAAGAAAAGAAACAUUGGAAGCGAAAUCCUGAGAGGAACUGUGAUUCCUGUGUAAAGUUAGAGAACAACUUUGAUGAUAUAAAACACACAACCCUAAGUGAGCGUGGAGCUCUUCGAGAAGCUCUGAGGUGUCUUAAAUGUGCGGAUGCACCUUGUCAGAAGAGCUGUCCCACUAACUUGGACAUCAAGUCAUUUAUUACAAGCAUUUCUAAUAAGAACUACUAUGGAGCAGCACGGGCCAUACUGUCUGACAAUCCUCUUGGUCUGACCUGUGGAAUGGUUUGCCCCACUUCAGAGCUGUGUGUUGGGGGCUGCAACCUGUAUGCUUCUGAGGAAGGUCCCAUUAACAUUGGAGGAUUGCAGCAGUUUGCUACUGAGGUGUUUAGUAAGAUGGGAAUCCCUCAGAUCCGAAAUCCUGAACUACCACGACCUGAUCAGAUGCCACAGUCUUACCAUUCGCCCAUUGCUCUAAUUGGCUGCGGCCCUGCUUCUAUUAGCUGCGCUUCUUUUCUUGGCCGACUUGGAUACGAUAACAUUACCAUAUUUGAGAAGCAGAAAUUCACCGGUGGACUAAGUGCAUCAGAAAUCCCCCAGUUUCGCCUUCCUUAUGAGGUUGUCAAGUUUGAAAUAGACUUGAUGAAAGAUCUGGGUGUUAAGGUGGUGUGUGAGAAGGGUCUUGGAAUGAACGGAAUGACUCUAACUUCUCUGAAAGAAGAAGGAUUCAAGGCAAUCUUCAUUGGUAUUGGUCUGCCCCAGGCCAACAGGGCACAAAUCUUUAAAGGGUUAUCCAUGGAUCAAGGCUUCUUCACUUCCAAAGAUUUUUUGCCCAUGGUGGCUACAGCAAGCAAGAGAGGGAUGUGCCAGUGUCGUUCUUCGCUCCCUGAGUUACGAGGAGUGGUGAUUGUUCUGGGUUCUGGCGACACUGCUUUCGACUGUGCAACCUCUGCCCUCCGCUGUGGCGCCAAGAAAGUGUUUGUCUGUUUCAGGAAAGGAUUCACCAACAUUAGGGCUGUACCUGAGGAGAUGGAAUUGGCUAAAGAGGAACAGUGUGAGUUCCUUCCCUUCCUCUGUCCCCGGGAGGUCAUCAUGAAGAAUGGGCGCAUUGCCGGAUUACAGUUUUGUCGCACUGAACAGGACGAGGAAGGAAAAUGGUUGGAAGAUGAAGAACAACUUGUGCGGUUAAAGGCAGACUACAUCAUCAGUGCUUUUGGGUCCAUGCUCAGUGAGCCAAAAGUGAGUGAGGCUAUGUCUUCAGUCAAGCUGAGUCGUUGGGGUACUCCGGAGGUCAACACAGAAACCAUGCAGACCAGUGAGCCUUGGGUGUUUGCAGGAGGAGACAUUGCUGGACUGGCGAAUACUACUGUGGAGUCAGUAAAUGAUGGCAAACAGGCGUCAUGGCAUAUUCAUAGAUACAUCCAGUCUCUCUAUGGCCAGACAGUGGGCACAGUUCCAAAAAUGCCACUGUUCUACAGUGCUAUUGAUCAGGUGGACAUUAGUGUGGAGGUUUGUGGAAUAAAGUUUCCCAACCCAUUCGGCCUGGCUUCUGCACCUCCCACCACCAGCGCAGCUAUGAUCCGAAGAGCUUUUGAGCAAGGAUGGGGUUUCGCGUUGACCAAGACAUUUGGACUGGAUAAAGAUCUCGUUACGAACGUGUCUCCUCGUAUUGUGCGUGGUACCACCUCUGGUCAUGUGUAUGGACCGGGUCAGGGAUCAUUCCUCAACAUUGAGUUGAUUAGUGAAAAAACAGCAGCCUAUUGGUGUCGGUCAGUUGCUGAACUAAAGAGAGAUUUUCCAAAGAAUGUUGUGAUUGCUAGCAUCAUGUGUGGUUACAACAAGGAAGACUGGACAGAACUCACUCAGAUGGCUGUGGAAUCAGGUGCUGAUGCAUUGGAGCUUAACCUUUCUUGUCCCCAUGGGAUGGGAGAGAGAGGCAUGGGACUGGCUUGUGGGCAGGACCCUGUGCUUGUGCGGAACAUAUGCCGUUGGGUGCGAGCUGCUUCUUCCAUCCCCUUCUUUGCCAAAUUGACACCAAACGUUACCAACAUUGUUGAUAUUGCCAAGGCUGCCUACGAAGGUCAAGCAGACGGGGUUACAGCCACAAACACAGUUUCAGGAAUGAUGGGUCUGAAGGCAGAUGGCUCACCCUGGCCAGGCGUCGGAGCUGGCAAACGUACCACAUAUGGGGGAGUGUCAGGAAACGCCAUCCGACCAAUCGCUCUCAGAGCUGUAUCAGCCAUUGCCAGAGCACUUCCUGGUUUCCCAGUUUUGGCCACAGGUGGAAUUGACUCAGCAGAAACCGGUUUACAAUUUCUUCAUGCUGGUGCCUCAGUGUUACAGGUGUGCAGUGCUGUUCAGAACCAGGACUUUUCCUUGAUUGAGGACUACUGUGUGGGUUUGAAGACCUUGCUGUACUUGAAGAGCCUUGACAUGAAGGACUGGGAUGGGCAGUCACCUCCAACAGAGAGGCACCAAAAGGGAAAACCCAUUCCAAGAUUGGAAGACCUGGUUGGGCAGAGUCUCCCAAGUUUUGGGCCAUACCUUCAGAAGAGGACUGAGGCCAUUUCACAGUAUAAGAAGCAGCUCAGAGAGACUGGUGGUCAAGAUGUGAUGGAAGCCAACGUCACCAAAAUAACAUCACCUAAAAAACCUGUUCCAGCUGUCAAGGAUGUGAUAGCAAGAGCAUUACGCCACAUCGGAGCCUACCAAGAACUGAACAACAUGGAACAGGUUCAGGCUCUGAUAGAUGAAGAGAUGUGUAUCAACUGUGGGAAAUGUUACAUGACCUGCAAUGACUCUGGCUAUCAGGCUAUAACAUUUGACCCAGAGACCCAUCUUCCAUUCGUAACAGACAGCUGUACAGGAUGUACUCUCUGCCUGAGUGUCUGUCCAAUCAUAGACUGUAUCAAGAUGAUUAACAGGACAACACCAUAUCAACCCAAGAGGGGUGUUCCAAUUAGUCCAGUUAUUUGAUGCAUAAAUCCACCAAAACCUUAUCUUGUUUCCUUUAAAACACAUCGAUGAAGUCUGUUAUUGUUAUCUCAGUGAAUACAAUACUUGUGGCGUGACAAGUACUUUUGUUUAAGAAGCAUAUUCAGGUAUCUUUUGGUCAUUGGACUCGAACAAGGCAAUAUUUAGGAGUUUACAGGAGCGGAUACUGUAUUUGGACCACUGUAGAUUACACAUUUCUUUGACGAGCUGCAUGGUGUUGGUGUUUUUCAUUUCUAUUUAAUUCCAAGUAUCAUCCUAGAACAAAGUAUACUUCCCUGUAAAACUAUCAUCUCCGGGAAGCAAGCUAUUGUUACAUAUCCAUACCAUGAUGUAGCUUGGAUUUUUUCCAACUUUUCAUGCUCUUUGGAACACAAGUAUAUGACACCAUUAAAAAAAGAUGUCAUAGGGUAAAUAUUGAGAAAUGUAUAUGUACGAAAUUCUCAGGUGAGUACUUUGUGGGCAUAUUUAUCAUUUGUUUGAUUAUUUGUGAUUAAUAGUUUUGAAAUUAUCUGGCCAGGAAAGUUGCAGAUGAAAAAUUGUUAGUAUUUUAUUUUGAAAUAUUAUUUUGUCUAUAAGCUUUGAGUACCUUCUCAAGGAGACCUGACUCACACAUGAUUCUAGCUCAGCAUUAUGAAAUGAUGUACACUUUGUGAAUAUCGUUGUG